AUGAGAGAUCAGAUAGACCUGCUGGCCACCGUCACGGUUUUGGGAGUCUUGGAGCAAGCCUACUUUGCACUGCAGGUGAUCUAUGCCCGGCGCAAGCACAAGAUCUCCCCCCCGGCGACAUCAGGGCACCCUGAAUUCGAGAGGAUCUUCAGAGCUCAGGUGAAUUGCUCAGAGUACUUCCCGCUCUUCAUCUCACUCCUCUGGGUUGCUGGAAUCUUCUUCCAUCAAGGUGUGGCUGCAGCGUGUGGGCUGCUCUACCUCUACAGCCGCUUCAAGUACUUCCAGGGAUACACCGCGGCCGCGCAGGAACGGUUGGGGCCACUGUAUGCCAGCGCCCGGCUGCUCUGGCUGCUGAUCGGGCUGGCAGCGGUUGGGCUCCUGGCACACUUCCUGCUGAGCCUCUCCUCUGCAACAGCAUGGCCCCUCCAGCUGCUGCGUGGCUGGUGA